AUGGAAAUGUCCACUGAGGUGCAGAGAGGCGACACCCUUUUGAGCAGCUUGUCUGCCUACUCCGUCUUGGAGUUCAUUGGUGAGGGCUAUUUUGGAAAAGUGGCCAAGUGCCUGAACAUUCGGACCAGGGAGACAGUGGCCAUCAAGAUCUGCAAGGAGACCCCUGGAGUCUUCCAUGAUACUAAGAAAGAGGUAGACUUUAGGACUCGUUUGAUUCUGCAGAGUUUGAUCUGCUUUAAUAAUACACACAUUUUUAGACUUCAGCAUCCUCACUGAGGUCAGACUUUUCAAAGACAACUGUUAAACUAAACCAGAUACAUGCAGUACAAACAUAAUCCACUAGGGGACAGCAGACAUGACUCAUCAGACCUUUGUGUGGCACAUCAAAUCUGACUUUUUUAUUUUUAUUUUUUAUGAAUAUUUCUGCUGAUAUUUAAAAAAAUAAAGGAAGAAGUGCAAUCAAACUAUUACUGAUACUUCAACAUGAACAUAAAGUUCAGGCUAUAAGUUUAUCUUUGAUUGUGCAGCUGAUUCUCAUAUUUUUAAAUUUGUUACGUUUGCUGACGAUACUAAUUUACUUUGCUCAGGGGACGAAAUACAAGAAUUAAUGAUAACAGUUGAAAGGGAACUGAUCAAGUUAAAACAAUGGUUUGAUAGAAAUAAGUUGUCACUCAAUGAAAAGAAAACCAAAUUCAUGGUAUUUUGACUGUGAAAUUAAACUGAACAUAAAUGAAACAGAAAUAGAAAGAGUAUAUGAAACAAAGUUCUUGGGUAUUAUUAUGGAUCAUAAACUCUGUUGGAAACCACAUAUUCAAUAUAUUAUAGGUAAAUUAGCCAAAUCUGUGGGUAUUUUGUAUAGAACAAGGGAGCUGUUGAAUAGGAAAUGUUUGCAUAUUUUGUAUUUUUCACUUGUAGUGCCAUAUCUGUCAUACUGUGUUGAGGUAUGGGGGAAUGUAUAUAAAACAAAUAUAGACCCAAUCAUUAAAUUACAGAAAAAACCUAUUAGAAUAAUAAAUAAAGCCAGUUACCUUGAAUCAACCAAUCCAUUGUUCAUUAAGUCUAAUACAUUAAAAUUUGUAGACAUGGUGUACACCAAAACUUUGGAAAUUGUUUUUCGGGCUAAGAGUAAAAGCCUCCCAGGUUGUAUUCUACAUCUUUUUAAAACAAGAGAAGGACGGUACAAUUUAAGAGGGGUUUAUAUUUUUAAAACAGAUAAAAAUGCAAGAACAAAUAUGAAAGCUAGAUUUGUUUCAGUUUGGGGAGUUAAGCAACGGAAGAACCUUAACGAUGGGUUAAACUUGUGUAACUCUCAGGUAAUGUUUAAAAAAGCAUUAAAAAGCAAAAUAAUUCAGGAGUACAUACAGCUUUGAGUAAGACAUUUUCUUUCAUUCAUUAUGAUUUUUUUUUCCUUUCGUAGUGCAACAUAUUAUUUUAAUGUUUUCUUUUUAAUAUUAAAGUGUCUUUCUUUUUUUAUCUUAUUUCAACAUUAUCAACUGUUUUAAAUAUUAAAAUGAUGUUAUAAGGAUUGUAAAGGAUAGGCAACUAUAAGCAUUGUGCUUCCGCCUAAUCCUUUUUUUGGUCAAGUUUAUAAUUCUGUUUGUUUCUCAUUUGUUGUUAUUGUGACCAAAAAUAAAACCAUUCAUUCAUUCAUUCAUUUUACAGUAAAAUCAUGUAAAACUAUGUCCAAUUCUUUACAGUCUAACUUGAUUUAGUCCUUUGUCAAUCUUGUCAACUUUAUGCAUCAUGCUCUCCUAGUAAUUUAGAUAUGUACAGAGUGUAAAAUGCUGUAUAGAGUAUCUGUUUUAUUUGAAGUGGGAGAUAUUGGAUGUUGUUUGUGAAUCAUUGGCUCUAGAAUUUUUCUUUUCCUGAUUCAUUUUGACUAAAAACUGAUGAAUUUAAGGCAAGAAUGGAGAAUAUUUGGUGCUUCAAACUGAUGUUUUAGAUGAUAAAUAAGUACAGAGUUGAAGAUGUCAUGAGGUGGUACAGUUUUCUGAGCGUUUGUGCUGUCUCCUCUUUCCUCCUCAGAUCUCCACCUUAGAGAGGCUCUCAGUCCUGGAUCCUGAAAGUUCCAACUUGAUCCGGUUCAUCGAGAGAUUUGACCACGUGGGACAGUGCUGUCUGGCAUUCGAGAUGCUGGACAUUGAUCUGUACGACCUGCUAAAUAGCAGCCCACCACUCUCUGUUAGCGCCAUCAGACCAAUCGCUCAGCAGGUAUGUCAGCAGUUAGAUCAGUUGUACAAAUGUAGCUCCCUAUCAAAACAGAGACAGCUGAGAGCUGUUUGAGUUCAAGACUUCAGACAGCUCAGGAGGAGAAUUUUUCUCAGAUAUUUACAGCCAGACUGCAAGAAACUCUAAGUUAGAAUCAGAAUCAGAAAAUAUCAAUAAUUUGGCUAAGAUUUAGUGUGCUCAUUGUACAUGACAUGUUUUGCACACCUGAUGUGUUUGCUCUGGUCUGUUUGGUUUUCUGGUAACUUUCAAGCCAAUGUGAGCUCAGGGAUCCUGUUGGUGCUUAAUGCUUUAUAAGAAACUUCUUUGAUCAAGCUCAGCAGCAGCUGAAAAACUAAAGUCUGUCCUCUUUUUAAUCCUGCAGCUGAUGGUCGCUCUUGACGCCCUGAAGGGUCUGGGGAUUGUCCACUGCGACAUAAAACCAGAUAAUAUCAUGCUGGUCAGUCGCAGCCAGCCCUUCAGGGUCAAACUGAUCGAUUUUGGAGAGGCGAUUCCAAUAACCCAACUCCCACGUGGUCCCCUGUUUCAGCCUCUUGGAUACAGGUGGGUUCAUCCUGCAGCUCAGGGGUUAAAUCAGAGGAGUUUGACUCUUGAUAAAGUCUCCUGUGUCUGCAGACAGACUUCUAACCUGUUGUGUGUUUCUUCCUCCUCAGAGCUCCAGAGGUCUCCUUGGGCCUGCCCCUCACGGAGGCAAUUGACAUGUGGGGGGUCGGCUGUGUUUUGGCCUCCCUGUUUUUGGCAGAUAACCUAUUCGCAGUCAACUGUGACUAUCUGAUGGUAGGUGACCUUCUUCACACACAGAGGAGACUUUCUGCAGACCCUCCCCUGACCGUCUUUUUCUUUAUUUUUUUCUGCAGAUGAAACAAAUAGUCAUUACAUUGGGCCAGCCUGAGGACUACCUGCUUGCCGCUGGUAAAAACACCCACCGGUAUUUUAAGCAGGACCCCUGGUGGAACCUGGAGGAUCCGCUGGCAUGGAGGCUGCUGGUAGAGAAACCAUGUUCCUCUUUCUUUGUAAAAUCUCCUCUCUCAAACACUUUGAAAAAACUGUCAUCUGACACAUUUUGUUUCUACAGACACCCAGAGAGUAUGAGGCAGAGAAUUCCAGGAGCGCCCUCCUGGAUUACACAGUGCCUCUGAGAUCACUGGAGGAUCUGGCUCAUGUAGGUCCUCUCUACUGUGUUUUAAAGACAAAUCAGAACUAGUUAGUGAGCAUCAGCUGACAUGAAUCUGUCUCCAAAUUUCAGAUCUAUUCAGGCGGUGAUUCUGCAGAGAUGGAGGACAGGCUGGCUUUCGCAGACUUUCUGAAAGAUGUCCUCCAUCUCGAUGGGUUUAUGAGGAUCUCUCCUGCGACAGCUCUGCAGCACAGUUAUUUGACCAUGAGACACCAGGUCAUGUCUCCAGAGAUGUCAGAUGAGUAAGUGACUGUGUGGAUGAAGCAAAGCAAGGCAGCAUUAUUUUGUCAAGCUCCAUUCAUGCACAGAGGGAUUCAGAUGCUUUACAGAGAUCAAAACAAAAAGUUUAGAGCAUUCAAAGCAUUCAGAAAGAAUCUGAUAUUUAACAUGCACACAGACAUCUGUCUCACUGGCUGUAUUGAUGAUUGAUUCACUGAUUGAUCUUCACCCUUUUUCUUCCUGAACAGCACCACAAGUGUGAUGGGGAGCUCACCAACCCCACACCAGCCUCUACCUUCCUUUGCCAGCCUCUCCCUCCCCUCCCCAGCCUCUCCCUCCCCUUCCCAGCCUCUACUUUCCUUCCCCAACCUCUCCCUCCCCUCCCCAGCUUCUCCCUCCCCUCCCCAGCCUCUACACUCUGCCUCUGCCUCUCGGGAAUCAGACCUUGCCUCCCUGGCUUCAGCCUCCACCAGCCGCAGCAGGAAGCUACUGAAGAGGGUCCGAAGCUUCUUCAGCAGGUUGAAGACGGUCCUCUGUUGCUGCUGUCGAGCAGAGGAGGACUAAACUUUCCUCUCCUGCCUCAGACCAGAGCAGCAUAGCCUCUCCCUCCCCUCCUCAGCCUCUCCCUUCCUUCCCCAGCCUCUUCAUCUCCUCCUCAGCCUUUACCUUCCUUCCCCAUAUGCUGUAG